AUACCGUCGCAGGACAGAAAGUUUCGAUCCGGACCGUGGAAGUAUGACGGGAAAGACAUUGUUGAUGAGGUGGAUUUUUUACCCUGGCUGCUUUUGAAUGUGUUGCCCCUUAUUUGAUCGUUUGACAGCUCCGUGUCCGCGGAGAUAUGGAGACGCCGGGGAGAAUAGCAACCACACCGGACGCCCUGGACUUCACGGUGGAAAACGUAGAAAAGGCCCUUCACCAGCUGUACUAUGAUCCCAAUAUCGAAAACAAGAACCUGGCACAGAAAUGGCUAAUGCAGGCACAGGUCUCACCUCAGGCCUGGCAGUUCUGCUGGGCUCUACUGAGUCCAGAUAAGGUGCCAGAGAUCCAGUAUUUUGGUGCAAGUGCUCUUCACACCAAGAUUUCUCGGUACUGGUCCGACAUCCCCACGGAUCAAUAUGAGUCUCUGAAGAGCCAGCUGUUCUCCCAGAUUGCUUGCUUCUCCUCUGGCUCCAAGAUGGUGCUCACCCGGCUGUGUGUGGCACUGGCCUCUCUGGCACUUAACACAAUGCCCGAGGCCUGGCCGGGUGCAGUAGCAGAGAUGGUGCGGGUGUUUCAGGAGGAGGGAGGAGGGGUGGAUGGGCGGGCACGCUGCCUGGCAUUGCUGGAGCUGCUCACUGUGCUGCCCGAGGAGUUCCAGACCAGUCGCCUGCCGCAGUACCGAAAGGGACAGGUACGGGGCGCUCUGGGCCGUGAGUGGGGGUCAGUAUGUCCCUUGCUACAACAACUGCUACGGAGGACGGACAGCCCCGGGGCAGUGAAAGCUCGCGUGCUGCGUUGCUUGUCAUCAUGGGUGCUGCUGGAUGUGCCCCUCAGCGAGAGCGAAGGCCUGGUGCACGACUGCUUCAGUGCCCUGCCUGACCCAGAGCUCUUUGACACAGCAGUAGAGGCAAUAGUCAAUGCCAUCUCACAACCCGACUCCCAAAGAUAUGUGAACACUUUGCUGAAGCUGGUUCCUCAAGUGCUGGCUCUGCAAGAGCAGCUCCAGGAGGCUGUUCAGAAUGGAGACAUGGAGACUUGUCAUGGUAUCUGCAGGAUCGCUGUUACACUGGGAGAGAACCACUCCAGGACUCUGUUGGAGCAGGUGGAUCACUGGCAGAGCUUCUUGGCUUUAGUCAACAUGAUCAUGUUUUGUACGGGCAUCCCCGGCCACUACCCGGUCAACGAGACCACCAGCUCCCUCACACUGACCUUCUGGUACACACUACAAGAUGAAAUCAUGUCGUUUGAGUCGGAUAAGCAGUCGGUGUAUCUACAGGUCUACCGGCCAGUUUAUUUCCAGCUGGUAGACGUUCUACUUCACAAAGCCCAGUUCCCCUCAGACCAGGAGUAUGCGUCCUGGUCCUCAGAUGAGAAAGAGCAAUUCAGGAUCUACAGGGUGGAUAUUUCAGACACACUCAUGUAUGUGUACGAAAUGCUGGGAUCAGAGCUGCUGAGUAACCUGUAUGAUAAACUAGGGAGGCUGUUGACUAAUGCAGAUCAGCCCACAUCAUGGCAGCACACAGAAGCUCUGCUGUACGGUUUCCAGUCCAUAGCAGAGACGAUAGAUGUGAAUUACUCAGACGUCAUCCCGGGACUGAUCGGACUCAUCCCCAGAAUAAACAUCAAUAACGUCCAGUUAGCAGACACUGUGAUGUUCACGAUAGGCGCCCUGGCUGAAUGGCUGGCAGACCACCCAGUGAUGCUCAGCAGCGUGCUGCCCUUGGUUCUACAGGCUUUAGGAAAUCCAGACCUUUCUGUCUCCUCUGUCUCCACGCUCAAAAAAAUUUGUAGAGAAUGCAAAUAUGACCUGCCACCGUUCGCAACCAACAUUGUAGCCGUGUCUCAGGAGGUGCUUAUAAAACAGAUCCACAAGACAAGUCAGUGUAUGUGGCUGAUGCAGGCUCUUGGCUUCCUGCUCUCUGCUCUCCCUGUGGAAGACAUCUUAAGGAACCUUCACUCCCUGAUCACUCCCUAUAUUCAGCAACUGGAGAAGCUAGCAGAUGAGACGCCUAAUCCCUCCAACAAGUUAGCAAUCAUCCACAUCUUGGGACUGUUGUCCAACCUAUUCACCACGCUUGACAUCAGCAAGCAGGAUGACGAGUCGGCGGAUGGCUCAGCACCACCCGUCAAAACAGUCCCGCCCACACCUGGCCCAAACCCGGUGGUGGUGGUUCUGCAACAAGUUUUUGCUCUCAUCCAGACGGUACUCAGCAAGUGGCUCAACGAUUCCCAGGUGGUAGAGGCGGUGUGUGCCAUAUUUGAAAAGUCAGUGAAGACUCUUCUCCAUGACUUUGCUCCCAUGGUGUCCCAGCUAAGUGAGAUGCUUGGGCAGAUGUACAGUACGAUUCCCCAGGCCUCAGCCCUUGACCUCACACGACAGAUGGUGCAUAUCUUUGCCAGUGAGACGGACCACUUCCCACCCAUCAAGGCUCUGUUUGAGCUGGUUACCUCGGUAACUCUGUCCAUCUUCCAGCAAGGACCCAGGGAUCAUCCUGAUAUUGUUGAUUCAUUUAUGCAACUCCAAGCUCAGGCCCUCAAACGGAAGCCCGAUUUGUUCUUGUCUGAGAGUCUUGAUGUGAAAGCGGUGUUCCACUGUGGAGUUCUGUCACUCAAAUUUCCCGAGGCACCGACAGUCAAGUCAACGUGUCUGUUCUUUACUGAACUGUUGCCCCGCUGCUCCGACGUGCCUCCGUUGGCCAGGGUAGUGCAGGAGGACGGCAAGCUGUUGGUUCAAGCUGUGUUGGAGGGUAUUGGCGGUGGGGCAUCUCGCAGUCUGAUGGACCAGUUUGCGGAGGUUCUGUUUUGUCUGAACAAACACUGCUUCUCUCUGCUCGCUGUGUGGCUGAAAGAAGCACUGCAGCCCCCUGGUUUCCCAUCAACACGAGUCACAGCCGAGCAGAAGGACAACUUCUCUCAGCAGAUACUCAGAGAACGGGUGAACAAGAGGAGGGUAAAGGACAUAGUGAAAGAGUUCACCCUCUUGUGCAGAGGUCUCCACGGUACGGAGUAUGCUGCUGAAUACUGAAACUCUACCCUCUACCUUACCAUGACUCUGUCCUCAGUGCAAAACAGCUGGUUGCCACAAACUACGAAGUUCUCUCCGACUCCAGUGAAAAUAUCAUGAAGUGAUUGUAAUGAUAGCCCACCCUGCAGCAGGACAAGACAUGGAACCAUUCCAGCACAUACCUGCCAACGGAUCAAUGGACAGACAUCAAGUCCCUGGCGACUUUAGAGAUGCCCAGCUUCUCCACUCCAAUAGAUUUACUUUGCUGUUUUAAGAUUGUUUCCCUGUCCCCACUCCCUUCUUCUCCUAUUUAAAGGUCUUGUAAUUGGAAGAGGUUUGAGCAGCACUCCCAGCAUGCUGCCUCAGGUCUUCUAUCUCUGUCUUGUUCUGCCUUUCUAGAUCUUCCUGUGGUUCCUAGCUAGGUCGUUUCCUAUGGAGUCAGAACUCUAUUUGAAAUAUGAAUCCAUGCCUAUAUCAUUAAAUUCACUGAAUCUUUUAACAGGUUUUUUUCUCUAGUAAGCAAUUUGUUUGAUUUUAUUCCAACAUACUCAUUAGCCUCUGGAUAGACAGCUCUUCGAUUUUUCACAUGUUAUUGUAUGUAUUUUUCGCAUUGAUAUGAUCAUAAAUAUUUUUAUUGAAUAAGAUUUUUGUGGAGAAGUGCUUUUAUGAAACAUUUUGUGGGCAUUCAUUCUUUUUGAUAGAGAUCUGACUCUGUAGUUUCCUGGUGAUUAGCAUCCAUAUGAAAUGGUAGUGGUAUCGUACGUAGCUACUUGACACUAUUUUUUUCAAAAAUAAAUCAGAAUAAAUAUAUAAAUGUAUAUGUAUACACAUAUAUAGUGGUUGUCAGUCCUGUUGCUGCUAAAUGGAAGAGAAAAGGACCAAUGAAAGAAGGUGAUCAUUUUGGAUAAAUGACUCUGGCCAUGUUUACAUGGGUCCAAAAAAUCCUAUUUAUAAUCGGACUGCAAGGUGAAACAGAUUGUUAAUGUGUCAUAUGAACACCUGAGACUGAAGGGGAUUGUAGUCUACCCUGAUCGAUAAUCCGCUUGUGCCUCAUAUAAGCAGCACCAGGCGGCAGAUUGGGGUUGUAAGGGGCGGAUUCUUCGUUCGGUGCAUGAGUUCCCUCAUUCGAAGUAACGCCAUGAUGUACGCAGUAAACAGAAAGCAGGAAUUGGGAAAGUCAAACACAAGCAGAACAAUUGGAUGAUGGUUGGGGGAAAAAAACAACAACUUUGAAUUAAAAACCCUGAAAGACCAAACACUUGAGAGGCAAAUCACUCAACAGCGAGUUGUUCAAAGAGCUGGAACGGAGGCCGGCGGGCCUGAUUGGGUCCGGCCGGCACAGCGCUCACUAUUGGGCGUAUGAUGGAGAUGUUUGAACACGGUUUGAGCAGAUUAAAACACACUGCUUGGCACUUAAGACUGCUGCCUGCAUAUCAGAACCUGGAAAGUGGGAGGGACCUUUAGCUCAUGUCACAGAUACUGAAUAAUCCGCUUCACCUGGCGUCCGUGUAUCCAGAUACUUUUAAUACGAUUGUUUUCAGUCGGAUUAAAAAAAAAAGAACACCCAUGUAAACUGGGCCAAUAAUACAGUAGUUUUUUUAAUCUCCUCAUACCCCUGUGAUUUCUGCAUUUGCCAAAUUAUGACUAAUUGUUUGGAUAUUUUGUGUUUAAAUGAAUGCCUUUGGGGGGUAUGAGUGGAGACAUUAAACUAGAAACGGCUGAGUUCUUGAUUUGUACAGCUGUACCUCAUGUACAUACAAUCCCAUCCAGUCACACUGCUGUCUCCUCAGCUCGCGGAAAGAGGUUUUCAUGCAGUGGUCCCUUUUUGAAAAGCAGGACUGUCAGGAGUGAGGGCUGGAGGGAGCGCGGAUCUUAGUAGCUAGCAGCAAGAUAAAGGCACAAGAUGGAAACUGAGAUGGGAAUUGAGCGAUUGGAGGAAUUUAUAAUCAUGAUGGUGGACGGCUUAGUCACUGUAAUCAUGCAGAAAUAUUAAUCGAAUUGUGCAUAUUAACAGUUAUUGCUGAACACUUCUGUGUAUUUGAGUGUGUUCCUAACUGUGUGUAUGUAUGAGGAGUCGUGUUAGAGCACAGAUGUAUCUUUUUCCACUUGUUCAGUGCACUUAUAUUGGACCUACAGUACACAUGUAUAAUUUACUUCUGUCUUUCAAAGGACCCGUUCAUUUCUUCACUCUGUCACCUCUUGCUGCUCUCCAGCAACCAUAUCCAUCAAUCUGCUAUGCCUCCUUAUCAUUUGGACGAUCAUUGAUGAGACUCAUCCAUCAUUUAUCUGUCAUUGACACCAGUUACUGCUCUUAACAAAACGCUUGCAAACAAGCCACCCAGAGUCCUUUCACCUCAUCUGGGUCACUGCUUUGGAGAGGACUGAGAAGGAUUAGAGUUUGGUACCAAAAUGUAAAAACCUCUGAGAAAGUUUUUAUUUAUUUUUCUUUUUUUGGACACCGACAUUCUGUGCUUACCCAUCAUGCCUCAGGCACUCAUGGUGAAGUGAUGCGACGGCUGUAAAGUACACUGUCUAGUGAAACAGCAGCACCAGCUGACAUCUAAUAACACUCAGCAAUGAAAUGUACUUUGUGGUUUCUGAUAAAAA